UUAUUUUUUAAAUUUUUUUUCAACUUGGCUAUAUGCUUCAUUCUCUAUCACAAGAUAUCCGAGGACAGUAUUAUUACUUUUUUAGGUACAAGUCUAUAUUUUACACGCAUUACUCACAGAAAUACUUUUUCUCUUCUGGUCUCUGAUAAACCCCGCGAACUUUGGUUUCCUCACAGCGCCAAAUAAGGAGAAAAAGAUUGUACGUCAUUGAGGUUUGGUUUUCAUUCGAAAUUUCAAUGGACUAAUGACUGUAAUACCAUGAACCUGACGUGUAAAUACAAUCAUUACAUUUAUUGUCAGAGUGUAUGUAGAAUUUCCCCUGGUUUUGUAAUGUGAAAACCUCACGAAUCCAAGUGCAGCAGAUCCCGACCGCACGUCACAUCAUUAGUCACCGGACUUUGAAAUCCUGCACAGUAAAACGAAAGCAAAAGACGAGGGAAAUGUAGAUUGAGACGUGAGAUUGUACAACGGGUCUUCAUUCAGUAUUGCUGUCUUUCUAGUACGCGACACAGUGUUUUUUAAGGAGUCAAGUCUUAGAAUGAGUUUACAAGCUUCUAAAGACAACAGUGCUGUUACGAAGCCCUGUGCAUUUGAGCCCUAUAAGAAGCAUAAAAACAUAGGCAAAUGUUUAAUCAUCAGCAAUGAACACUUCCCUGAUUCACCACGUUUGUAUAGAAAGGGCAAUUCAGUAGACGAACGCAGACUUUCAAGCACAUUCAAGUCCCUGGGUUUUCAUGUAAAGGUGGAGAACAACCUGUCAGCUAAUCAAAUGAUCGAUGCACUGAGGACAGUGUCUGAGGAGGACCACACAGAUAAUUCCUGCUUUGUAUGUGUGCUGAUGAGCCAUGGAGAGGAAGGGACAAUCCUUGGAUCGGAUGAGCGCUGGAUCCCUGUCAAAACGCUGACCUCUCUUUUGACCUCUGACCUCUGCCCUAGCCUGCGGGACAAGCCAAAAAUUUUCUUCCUACAAGCCUGUAGAGGAGUGGAAUAUGAUCCUGGUGUCGAAGCAGACAGUGUUGAAGCUUCGGAAGACUUCUUCGGAAUAUCUGACGUCCCUGAGCUGGAUUUUCUCUGCUGUUAUUCCACAGUGGAAGGCUACUUUGCAUGGAGAAAUCCAGAAACGGGGUCUAUAUUUAUCCGUGAACUUUGCAAGACGUUGAUGGAUUGUCGUCUAGAGAUUAUUCAGAUUCUGACAAGAGUAAACCAUCUUGUGGCUUAUUACUUCCAGUCUUACACCUUGGAACUGGAAACAAAUAGGAAGAGGCAGAUGCCAUGCUUUGCCUCUAGACUGACCAAGGAUUUUUACCUUCAUGUUGCAGAGAAGAAUAAGAAAUUGUAACUGUUAUUCACUUGCAUCAAUUUUGUGCAAGUAGAAGCAGCAGUGUUCACAGGGCAUUCACAGGGUUUCUGCCAGUCAUAAUUUGUCUUUCCACAAUUUAAAAAGAACUUUAAUAAAAUGAAUGACAUUAAAAGUUAUUUAAAAAGUAUGUUUUAAAGAGUAAAUUUACACAUUUAAACAUUGCAUUAUUUUGUAGGAGAGCAUCACCUUUUGCAGUGUUAUCAGAAGGUGCAUAAAAGGGUAUAUGUUUUAGUUCAAUUAUAGGUAUUUGUUCUGUACUGUAGUGUUAAAAACAAAACAACUGACAUAAGUACAAAUAUGCAUUGUCAAACUCUAAACUGUUGAUAAACAACUCAUUGUUUGCCACUUAUAAAUUCACAUUUAGAGGGAAAA